UUGGAGGUGAUCCUGGCGCAGUCAGACAGUCCGCGGAGAUCGCGCAGCGCGGGGGGGGUGGGACGCGCACGGAGGCGAAGAGAUCAGAAGGAAAGAGAGAGAGAGAGGGGGAGAGAGAAGGAAAUUGGGCAGCUUCUCGUCUUCUCCUCGGCGUCCUCAUGCCUCGGCAGUGCCCCGGCGCCUUCCCUUCGCCCCGGGCGCAGUAGCCAUGGCCGCGGUGGCUGUCCUCCGGAACGACUCCCUCCAGGCUUUCCUCCAGGACCGCACCCCCAGCGCCUCCCCAGACUUGGCCAAGCACUCGCCUCUGGCUCUUCUGGCCGCUACUUGUAGCCGGAUCGGGCAGCCGGGCGCAGCGCCCUCGGAUUUCCUGCCGGUCUCCUACGACCCGACGCUGGGAUCCCCCUCUAGGAUCUUCCACCCGUGGAGCGGCGAGAUGCCAGCGCACUCCCCAGGAGGGCUGCCUCCGCCGCAUCCCAGCUUGGGGUUGACCCCUCAGAAGAACCACCUGCAACCCUCCUUCGGAGGUUCUCACGAACUGCCCCUCACCCCCCCGGCGGACCCCUCCUAUCCGUACGAGUUCUCCCCCGUCAAGAUGCUGCCCUCCUCCAUGGCCGCCCUGCCGUCCAGCUGCCCGCCCGCCUACGUCCCUUACGCCGCCCAGGCCGCCCUGCCGCCCGGGUACUCCAACCUGCUUCCGCCCGCCCAGCCCUGCCGGCAGCUGUCGCCCAACCCGCCGCCCGAGGACAUCCCCUGGUGGAGCAUUCAGCAGGCCAGCGCCCCGGGCGGCUGCGGCCACCGCUUCCCCGCAGCGGCGGCGCUGCCGCGGAGCUUGGUGCUGGGGCACUCGGACUUUGCUCAGUACCAGACGCAGAUCGCCGCCCUGCUGCAGACCAAGUCUCCCCUGGCGGCAACGGCCAGGAGGUGCCGCCGCUGCCGCUGCCCCAACUGCCAGUCGGCCGCGGGCAGCGCCCCUGAGGCGGAGCCGGGCAAGAAGAAGCAGCACAUCUGCCACAUCCCCGGCUGCGGCAAGGUGUACGGCAAGACCUCGCACCUGAAGGCGCACCUGCGCUGGCACACGGGUGAGCGGCCCUUCGUCUGCAACUGGCUCUUCUGCGGGAAGAGCUUCACCCGCUCCGACGAGCUGCAGCGGCACCUGCGGACUCACACGGGCGAGAAGCGCUUCGUCUGCCCCGAGUGCGGGAAGCGCUUCAUGCGCAGCGACCACCUGGCCAAGCACGUCAAGACCCACCAGAAUAAGAAGCUGAAGGCGGCGGCGGACGGCGUCAAGCGGGAGGACAGCCGCGACCUGUGACCGCCGGGACAGCCGGCGGCUGCUGCCUCUGCGGGCCGAGCCGAGCCGCGGCGGGACCUGGGCGGGGGCGUUUCUACGCCGGGGACAAGGCGGCGGCGGCAGGGAGAGGGCGGCCGGCUCUCGGACUCUCGCCGGGCACGGCGAGCAGUACUCCGGCCGGGGGCGGCCUCCGCGGACCCUCAGGUCCGGGACUGGACGCUCAUAGGGCCCCGGGGCCGUUCAGAGGCAGGCGCCCGGCCCGGCCUGGAGCGCGGCUGAGGAGGGUCCCAGGCGCUGGGGCACGAGCGGGACCGGCCCAGUCCGGCCGCGGGGGUCGAGGCUUAUAGACACCUGGGGGUGAGGUGGCAGCGUCGGUGUGGCCGCGCUGGGGCUCGGCCUUCGUGCUUUCAGGGUAACAGACUGAAGUUUUGUGUACAGGUUAUUUAAUAGUUACGUUUGAAUACACGUGUUCCCCUCCGUCUUCGACCCCGCGCGGGGUCUAGCAUGAGAUGUUUCUGUAAAGCGACCCGCGAUCGCAGCGUGAAAUAAACACGUUCACACCGGGGUCAGCA